AAAAUCUGCACUGUGUGAAGGGCUGAUUAUAUUCAUAUGAAGUCCGUAAUGCAACAUCGCAGUGGAUGUCUGUAACAUAAUGCGCUCACUGGAUAUGAUGAUCGAUUCCAUUCAAAAAGGACGCACCGUGGGCAGGCACAUUUACGCAUGGAGUUAAAGGAUAUGGGCGCACCUUGGGACUGCUUGUCCUGAGAGAUUGCGAGCGAGAACUGCAGCUUGAAUCAAGGCUAUGCUUUGGGUGUGAGUGCAUCAACAACAUGCAGCUACACCCCACACCCUAAACUUCUGGGACGUUUGCGCUCCGUGAUCAAGAGUCUGAUUUCGUGCGAGAACUGAAAAUGGCACUUAGCGAAAACUGCAUAACCCAACCUGCAAAAGAGCAAGGCUCAGUCCAAAACCCUCCGUCGGAUGUCAUUGAGCUAAAUGUGGGUGGACAGGUGUAUUACACCCGUCACGCCACCUUGACAAGCUUUCCAAAUUCAUUACUCGGGAGACUGUUCUCUAACAAGAAGGGGUCCUCAAAUGACUUGUCCCGGGACCUCAGAGGACGCUAUUUCAUUGACAGAGAUGGCUUUCUGUUUCGGUAUGUAUUGGAUUACCUUAGAGACAAGCAAGUUGUCCUCCCUGACCACUUUCCCGAGAGAGGGAGGUUGAAACGGGAGGCGGAAUACUUCCAGCUGCCCGAAUUGGCCAAACUUUUGUCAUCCGAGGAUUCCAAACUGUUUCCAGAUGAUUUAUACUACAGUGAUUUUGAUGAUGCAUCGCAGGGCAGUGACCAGAGGUUUUAUUCCUCUUACUCUCUGGACCGGAGGUAUGGCUACAUAACAGUCGGAUUCAGAGGCACUUGCGCCACGGGAGGCAGAGAAAGUCAAAUAGAUGCCAAAGCCAAAAAGGUGCCGAGGAUCUUCAUCAGCAGCAGGAUUGGCUUGGCGAAAGAGGUAUUUGGAGACGCCCUGAAUGAGAGCCGGGACUUGGAUAGACCACCGGACCGGUACACCUGCAGGUUUUACCUCAAGUUCAGACACCUGGAGAGAGCCUUCGACAUGCUGUCAGAGUGCGGCUUUCACAUUGUCGCCUGCAAUUCGUCCCUGACUGCGUCCUCCAUCGGCCAUUACGCGGAUGACAGGGUCUGGUCCAAUUACGCACAGUACAUCUUCUACCGUGGGCCCUCUAGGUGGUCGUCCUCCCACUGUGACUGCUGUUGCAAAAGCCACAAAAGUGAGCGCGAGGGCGAGAGUGGCACUUCCAUCAACGAGCUGUCCACCUCCUGUUCCGAGACGCAGUCAGAGGCCAGCUCCCCGCAAGGAACCGUCAUCUGCGGCCCCGUGACCCGGCAGCCCAACAUCCAGACGCUGGACCGUCCCAUGAGGAAAGGGCCGAUCCAAAUGCUGCAGCAGGCCGAGAUGCGCCGGAAGACGGACAUGCUGCGCGUGCGAACCUUUGGGGUCAGAGAACGAGAAGCCGCAAAGAGGAAAGCAACCAAGGAGAAGAUGACUCCGGAGCAGGAGCUGGAGAAAUGCAUCCAGGACUUCCGACGCAUUAGAAUUCCGGACCGCUUUCCAGAGAGGAAGUACAUGUGGCAAUCAGAGCUCCUAAGAAAGUACCGUCUCUAAGUGUGUGUGUGCGUGUGUGUGUGUGUGUGUGUAGAGAGAGAGAGAGAGCAGGAAAAAAGAGGGAAAGAGAGCGAGAGUGAGAGCGAAAGAGAGAGUGAGACCUUCUGUGGUAGUAUCAUGUGGUAGUAUCACUAUCCAUGCAGGGUAUUAGACAAAAAACUGCAUAGGCUAUAGACUGCACUCUCAAAGACACAUACUGUAAUCGCAAAAAACAAACAAACAAACAGACAAACACAAAAAAACAUGACGGCCAUUUUCCCGCCAGCAUGACUAGCGGAGCACACACAGUCCAGGGCCACGUGAGUCAUUGAUUUGUAAUGUAUGCACAGUGUUGUGUAUGAUGCACAUGUGUAAAUCAGGUUACUCCUGUCGGGGCUUACAACCCUCACCGGGGUGGUACACCAACAAAGUUCUCACUUAUAGGAGAGCUGUGGUGUGGAGCCAGGCGUGCUAAAGGCUACAUCGUUAGUUUGAGCAACAAAGCAACCUCAGGGGCAACAUUAUGGCAAUUAGCUCAUCAACGUAUCACAUGCUGUAUGUGCAAUUAGCCCAUUAACCUAGCUCAUCAACCGAUCACAUACUGUACGUGCAGUUACCCACAAUCACUGUUUAUCGAUGGAUAUACCGAGGUGGUGCUGUGAAUUAGCAAUGGAUUAUCACUACUCCACAGAUGACACAUCUACUUAUAGUAGGCUAUGAUAACAGCACUGCAUGUCAUUUCACCCCUAGCAUAUGAAAUAUCCCAAAAAAUAAAAGAAAAAACACACACUCAGUUCAUAGUUUUGUGUGGUGGAUUAUGCCAGUGUGUCAUAACUGAGGCUAACUUCAGUGAGGAAAGCACUGCCUAGAUCUCUGUUUGCUAUUGUAAACAUUUUUGUCUAAUGUUGUCAUUAUGUGUUGGAUAGAUAAUGUUGUAUAGGUGCAGUAUAUCAUGCCAGUGGGUAUUUAAUUAAUCCUUGAUUGUAAGUGUGCAAAAGACUAUUAAAUGGGUUGGAAAUUUA